UACUUUGGCUGGUCUGGUGUUUGAAAUAUAUAUGUAUGAAUCUGCAUCGGCGGGAAUAGUCUUCUAUUGAUCAGACAUCAACGCUUACUUAUGAUACCAAUGGAUACAUACAAGUAGGAAAGACUGUCGAAGCUCUUGAUAAUCUACAACUGACUACAUAAUGUUCAAGUCAAUAUGGGAUAUUACUUUCAUGGCUUAUAACUUUGGUUGGUCUGGUGUCUUGAUUGGAAUAUAAUGUAUUAAGCUAUAUGUUUUGGCGGGAAAAGUCUUCUAUGAUCAGAUAUCAACUCUUUAAUGAUACGAAUAAAAGUAAGCCCAUCGAAAUUCUUGAUAAUCUUACUGACUACAUAAUGUUCAAAUCAAUAUGGUGCCUCGCUUACUAUGAAUAGUGUAUAUGAUGGAAUCAUACGUUGGUUUGAAUGUUGGUGGGAAAGUUUAUAAAACCUCUCAAACAACUCUUACCCGCGACCCCAACAGUUUCUUCGCUUUACUACUUGAUGGUCGCGUACCGUCUGCCAAAGAUGACCGAGGACGAUACAUUAUUGAUCGUGACGGGGAACUCUUUCGGCAUGUCCUCAAUUACUUAAGACUGCAGAAGCUAGUGUUACCAGAUGGAUACAACGAGCAAGAGCUUCUGCUGCAUGAGGCGGACUUCUUCCAGCUAGACUCUAUGAAGAGAGAGUUGCAAGCUCUGAUUAGAGAUGUGGAUAAUGUUCACUCGCCAUCGGAAGUGAUCAGAUUGAGUGUAGGUGGGAAACUCUUUCAGACCACUCGCGAAACUUUACGAAGGGAACCGCAGUCGUUUUUCACCGCUAUGCUCAAUGGGGAGACCCUGACUCAAAGAGAAGCCACAGGGACUUACUUAAUCGAUAGGGACGGGGAGAAAUUCCGCGACGUUCUGGAAUACCUAAGACUCGGCUGGAUACUACUAGACGACGUCAAGCACAGCCUUGAAGUUCUCCGAAUCGAGGCUAACUUCUUCAAUCUGAAAAUCCUGAAAGAACACAUCAAAAGCUUGCAUCGCCUUCAGUCAAAUCCCCUGAGGACAGUUCAACCUUCAAUGGAUCUUUACUACUUUCUUGAGAGCAGGUUCUGCGUGGUCUACACCAAUACCAAAGACCUGGUGGGGAAAACGUGCUUUUUGCCUCUGACUCCUGACAGUUUUUAUACUACAUGUGGACGGGUAUUUACCGUGUCUUUCUUCCUUGAGAGAAGCAAAGGGGGGACCUCUACCGGGGAGAGUCAUACGAUACCAGGGUACGGAAAGAGUGUCGUCAGUUACCCUUCAAACGAAGUAGAACUAAUGAUGUACAUUGGACACAGAACACAGAUAUGGAAUUAUUCAAAGAUACAGUUGAAUGCUGAUUGUUACAAGUUUAUCCUUUGAAGCAAGAUAAGAUAUUAGUAGUUCUAAGACAGUGCAGGCAUACUUGAAUUCUGACUGUUACCGUAUAUAGCUACAUGUAUAUGCCUAUAUGACUGUAUGUAACAUUCAUGUAUGUAGGGCCAAAUGAUUUUUCUUUCUCAUUUAUAACAAAUCAUAUGGAAAACUUGGGUUAUAUACAUACAACUGGUCAGUGGAGUAAUAAGUAAAAAUGUUGAAGGGGCACUACAUGGUAAAUUUGCAAUAACUUCAAGAACAACAACAAAACAAAACUUGCGAGAAAGCGAAGCGAAUGAAUAACUGUUUUAUUUAGUAAGACGAAUUAAAAUCGAAUUUAGACAUGAAAUUUGAAUGAAAAAAAUAUUGUAAUGUCAUACUUCACCCUUUUAUCUGUCUUUCUCAAUUUGAUUUUUGUUUUCAUGGUCGUGGAAAUUUUCGUCAUCAAUUGCUCCCCAGUACACCCUCCUCAAUCCGUACGUCUGUGACAUUAAGUAAAAGACGAAGACGUGUUUCUCAAGUGAGGGAUCACUUACUAAUUGUUUGCAGACUAACUAACGAACAACUAUAUAAACAACUAUUUUUCUAUCUCAUUCAUAGUUCGCAAAGACAUCUAUCAUAAUAA